GAGCAGUUUCGUUUUCCCAGAAGCAAGCCUUCCUAAGGCUGGAAGCGUUGACCCUAACAGUUCGCUCUGACCACCGCCAAAGCCACGCUGGAGCCGGGGCUGCACCUCUCGGCCUCACAGGCGAGUGACCAAUCCACAAGUAUCUGUUUCCAAGUUCUGCUUUCCGAGGCUGCCAGGAUCAGCAUGGAGACGAAUCCGUCCUUGGUGGUGGUCCGAUCUCACCCAGACUUGGUCAUCUAUGUAGGAGAAGUGACUCUUGGAGAAGAACAUCGAAACAAAAUGGACAAAACGAAGAGAAUGAAAGAGAAGGAAAAAAUCACACAGGCUGCUUGUGCUCUGCUAAACUCUGGAGGAGGAGUGAUUGAGAUGCAGAUUGCCAACAAGACUGAGCAUCCUGUCGAGAUGGGGGAGGACUUGGAACAUUCUUUGAGAGACCUUAUUCCGUCUUCUAAUUGUCAGACUUUCUUUGAGACCGACCAAAGAGGCAACCAGUUUUACAUUUUUGUUAAAUCUUGGUGCUGUGGCCCUGAAGAUGGUUCCCCUAAGCCUCAAAUUUGCAGCCUAAGCUCUUCGUUGUACACUAGAAAUUUAACUUCGAAGAUUGCCAUGGAUUCAAGAAGCGCAUUUGACUUUCUGUACAAGAAGAGGAAAGGCAAAUGUAGUCUGAGUGAUAAUGGACCUCCACCUUUAAAAAUUCCCAGAGCUUUGAGUACGAACAGCCUUAACUCAGGUCCUGCCUUUACCAUUUUUCAAAGUGAGAAACUUGAAUAUGGCCAAAAGUUGCCUUUUACUGAAACCGAAUAUAUAGAGUUUAAACAAUUCUUUACAAAACAUGCCCCAAAAUAUAUGAAAAAUAUAAUUCCAGAGUACAUCUCUGCAUUUGCAAACACCGACGGAGGCUACCUUUUCAUUGGCGUGGAUAAUGAGAGUAAGAGUGUCCUGGGGUGCCCAAAAGACAGUGUUGACUGUGACUGUUUGAAAACAGUGGCAAAUGAAGCCAUAUCCAAGUUGCCAGUUUUCCAUUUUUCCUCAUCUAAAGAAAAGGUGUCUUAUGAGACCAGAGUCAUAGACGUGUUUAAGGAGGGAGAUUUGUAUGGUUAUCUCUGUGUGAUCAGAGUGGAGCCAUGUUGCUGUGCUGUGUUCUCAAAAGCUCCCAUUUCAUUCAUGGUAGACAAGGAGAAAGGUGUGUACAGCCUGAACACUGACGAAUGGGUACGCAUGAUGAUGGAUGUUGGCCCAGAGGCAGCUCCCAAUCAGCAAGCUUCCCUCAAUGACCUGUGUACAGAUUUUGAAUGUCAGCUGAAUCUCUCCAACAGCCCUCCUCGCUGCAGACCAGUGUAUUCUAAGAAAGGGCUGGAACAUAAAGUUGAUCUGCAAAGGCAUUUAUUUCCAGUGUUGCCAGAAUGUUUGAAAUAUACUCCUGAAUCCCUCUGGAGGGAUCUCUGCUCACAGCAUGAGAGACUAGAGGACUUAAUAAGCCAGCAAGUGCAUUCUUUCUCCUGUGGUUUGCUGAUCCUCUCUAGAAGCUGGGCUGUGGACCUGGACUUGGAAGAGAAGCAGGGGGUCAUCUGUGAUGCUCUGCUGAUUGCACAGAAUAGUCCCCCCAUCCUCUACACCAUCCUGGAGGAGCAGGAUGAGAGGGGACGGGACUACUGCACCCGCACUGCCUUUACUCUGAAGCAGAAGCUAGUGAACACUGGAGGCUACACGGGGAGGGUGUGUGUCAUAACCAAGGUUCUCUGCCUGGGUUCUGAGAGCAAUGUUGAGGCCAAUGGGGAGUCAGCCUCUCCUAUUCAUUACCCACCCUCCUAUAACCUUGCAAGCACCCAGGAAAUGGAAGCUUUGCUGCAGGCCCUCGUGAUUGUCUUGCUCAACUUCAGAUCUUUCUUGAGUGACCAGCUCGGCUGUGAAAUUCUCAACCUUCUCACAGCCCAGCAGUAUGAGAUACUCUCAAAAAGCCUCCGCAAAACCAGAAAACUGUUUGUGCAUGGCUUGCCAGGCACAGGGAAGACAAUCAUGGCCAUGAAAAUCAUGGAAAAGAUCAGAAACACGUUCCACUGUGAAACAGAUAACAUUCUCUACAUCUGUGAAAAUCAGCUUUUGAGAGACUUGAUAGCGGGAAAAAAUCUGUGCCAGGCAGUGACCCGGAAAACCUUUAUGCGUCCUCACUUUAACGCAACGAUGGUCCAACACAUCAUUGUUGAUGAAGCCCAGAAUUUCCGCACUGAAGAUGGGAACUGGUACGAAAAGGUAGAAAAAAUCACUCAAAGCACGGAAGAUUGUCGAAUUCUAUGGAUCUUUCUGGACUAUUUUCAGACCAGUCAUCUGCAAAUGAGUGGCCUCCCACAUUUCUCACGCCAGUUUCCAAAAGAAGAGCUCACCAAAGUGGUACGGAAUGCAGAUAAUAUAGCUGCGUUUCUAAAACAAAAAUUGCAAGAAAUCAGAAAUGUCCGUCCAAAAAUCAUCCCUCCCGAGUCCCUGGAGAUGCUCCAUGAUUUUAACUGGUGUCAAGGUGUAUCAGGCAGCUGCGAGACUAGAAACUUGAGUUGGCAUCAUGCAGUGAGUUAUGUAGCAGAUAAGUGUGAUUUUUUCUUGAGGAAUGGGUAUUCUCCCCAAGAUAUUGCAGUGCUUUUCAGCACGGACAGCGCAAGGGAAAGCUAUGAAAAUAUGUUCCUUGAAAAAAUGAGGAGGAUAAAUGAUGCGUUUAUCUAUCCUCCUCCUAACAUGUUUGACAGCAUCCGUCGAUUCUCAGGCCUGGAAAGAAGCAUUGUGUUUGGUAUUGAUCCCUCUACAGUUGAGUGGCCCAUUUCCCGCAACCUAUUGCUCUGUCUGGCUUCCAGAGCAAGAAAACAUCUAUAUAUUUUGUUUUGUGCUUGAUCAUAGUUUCCACUGAAGGGAAGGAAACUCUAUGAUCCCAAUACAUUAUAAAUAAGACAUGUAUGCCUUUUAAUAUUUUAAAGCUUAGGCCUUUUUUUUUUUUAACUCCCAGCCAUCCAUCAUUUAAACUUAACCUGACUCUAGUCUACAAACCCACCACAUGGCUAGCCCUUUACCUCCCAGUUUCUUAGACCCAUCUUGCUUCCUCCAUCUCCCACUUGAAUCUACUGCUUCUGCCUAUGUCAGUGCCUGCCCAGGAGUUAUGAACGAUCUAGAACUUUCUGCCCUAGAUAUUGACUGUCAGAUCUUUAUUCCAACCAAUUAGCAGCAAUGCAACACUGAUCCAGCUCUUAGGCAGCCUUAGGCAAUGAAGGCUGAGUGAUCUCCAUCUUCUGGGCUUACAAAAUAUAAGACCAGUGAAGGGCCAUAGAGCAUACAGUAACUAAAAUCUGGCUAGCCCUUAGCUUGUUCUCUGUCAGUUCAGCAAUCAACAAUCGAUAUAUAGAAACACACUUAAAUACAAUGAACUCCAACAUUCCACAGUAGAGAGAGAAUCUCACCAAGAUACUAAGCCUUCGUUUUCCAAAGGAGCAGAGAGGUCCAGCCUUCUUGGAAAAGACUGGCACCCAGAUAGCUCACUCCAGUUAUUUUAUUCAAAGAAUAUACAAGGUUGAUUGGGGCUGGGAAAGGUUCCAGCUACCAAAAUUAUCUUGCCCUUGCUGCCUGGAAGAACAGAAAAUCUACACAAACCUCAGUCCCUUUUGACCACAGCUAGACACAGUCAAAAGUAAGAACUCUGGGUUUGCCAGGACUGUCUUAGGACCAAGGUCUGUGCAGCUCCAAGCUUCCAAGUAGCACCUAGUGCAGAUUCUCCAAAGAAACAACAUUUCUUCAAGGUCCAAACAGUUUCAAAACAAUUUCUCCGCAUCCACUGAUUAACCCAACCAAGCAAAGGCUUUGCUAAAACAUGUACUCAAAGGCAAACACAAAGGUUUUACUAUAUAUUUCACUUUAAGCCAGAUUUAAAGAUCUUACUUUACAUUUCAUUUAUAUUUCCCUACUGUCUGUUUUUAAUUGGAUUUGUUAUGUUGGAGAUUAUGAAGUUGUACAGUAAAAAGGGCCUUUUGUCUAUCUAGUGGUCUAACAGUUUUAUGCAAAUUAAUCAGACCUUUCAAAGGCUUUAUUUUACUUUUCACUAGAGUAUAUCCUGAAGUCUUCUCAUCAUUUCUAGUCCUGGGGGACGUAGCUCAGUAGCAGAGUGCUAGAACAAGAUUUAUGAAGUCCUAGGUUCAAUCACUGAUUAUGGGAAAGCAAAAUCUAAUUGAGGUCCUUCAGAAAAGAACAUUAUAAAGAUACAACAAAACUCUUGUCCUGUAGUUUCAGAAAAUGUAGGGAAAGGAAUUACCAAUGGACACUGAGACUAGCUAGGGAUCUGAGGCUGAAAAGUUGGAGAAAAGGAUGGCAAAAGAAUGGACACAGGACGUAUACUGGGACAAUGCUGAAACCACAAGGACUGAAACUAUGAGAACAACACAAUGUGGUUACGCCGAGGAUGGGAAACUAUCCAAUCAAAGUUUGUUUGGCUCAGCUAUACUUAAUAGAUCAUGGUCCUCAAACCUGUCAGAAAAUCUGCAGCAAGUGCAUUAAGUGCAUAAUAAAGAAGCCUAAUAUGACAGAGACCCCUGCUUCUAGUGGUGACCCCAAGGACUCCAGGAAUAUUUGGGCACAAUGAGAGAUGACUCCAUCUGGACUGCCCCAACUGGCUGCUGCCAAGGCCCUGCCUGAACUGUGGACAAACACAACACCAGGAGAGUUGACUGUUUUGCCUAGACAAAAUAAGGUCGGUCAUUCUCCCAAAUUCCUCUUCCAUGGAAAGGCCUUUCAGAUUUGCUGGGCCCAGCACCCAAAGACUGAUGCUGUGAUGCUGCCCUAGGACUUGCGCUCACAAGAGCCACUGCCACCACAGGAGCCUGAUGGGAAGGCCGUCUGGAUAGGAAUCCAAUAAGUUAUUCUUCUCAGGUCUCUGAUGGGUUUGAACAGCAGAAACCAAGGCUGCACCUGCCCUCUCAAAGAUGCACACUUUACCUAAGUUCUAAGCUUCUGAUAAAGUGUUUGAGGGUCUGAGAAGGUAUUUUGAGGUUGGUGAUAAGAAAGUAAUUUCAGGCAUAUAAAAACUCUUCUCCCCACUAUGCUACAUCGUAUUAAGACUGUUUAGAGCUUUAACAUUAAUCAGAUUUUAAAUUGUCUUCCAAGCCAAUUUGUCUCUUUCUGUAAACUUCAGGAGAUAAUUCACAAGUCAUGUUCCAGAUAAGUACUGUCAAUCAACAGCCUGUUUCCCAGACCACCUAUUCCUGAGGGUGGAAUUCCUCCCCUGGUUGGGGGACUCCCCUACCCAACUACCAAGACCAUGGGCCUAAAAGUGAAACUCCUUGACUUCAUCUUCUGCCCCUAAAAUACACAUGUUCCAGCAUCCUGCUUCCUCAAGGGCUGCAUCCAGAACUCAGGUGCUGCUCUGGCCUAAACCUCACAGACUGCAUCAGCUGGACCUGAUCGCAGAUGGUCUCACAGGUCCUGGGCAGCAAACACAACAGCCUGCUUGUGGGACCUGGCCAACACUCCAGCUUUUUACCCCAUGCCCCAAAACCAGUGCCCCCAAUGUCAGCCGGGAGGAUCCAGAAAAGAUUCUUCUCCCAUUAUCCAUUUAUUACAACAAAAGGCUGGGAUGUCAAAGUCCCUACCUGCCGCAGGACAUGGCUGCCAUAACCUGCUCUCCACCUAGGGGCAGGGCUUCUCUCCCAGAGACCCUUCACAGACAUCUUGGUUCUGUUAACCCUUUUCCAUCCUUCCUUCCACUUUCCCUCUUUUCUGCCUUCUUUCCCCCCCCCCACCCCCACCAGCAGGUCCUCUCCUUCUGCUUCCCCCUCCCUCGAUGCUCCCAAGAACCUGUGUUUAUACAAUAAUAUAGGUUCAUCUCAUCAUUAGCUCAUUUCAUUUUAUUUAAUCAAUCAAUAUAAACUUACGAAAAAUGAGAGUCCA